AUGCCGAUCCAGAUUCGAGACAUCCGCACCGUUGACGCGGAAUGCUUUCCCUACAUCUUCGAGCGAGACGUUUCCAUCAACCUUCAAGAUGGAAAUAUAGUCCGCUGCAACGUGUACCGCCCAAAGGAUUCUGGUCCACAGGCUCGCUAUCCUGUGUUGGCGACCUAUGGCCCUUACGGCAAGGACAUCCCAUAUGAAAGUUUCAAUUCACCAAGCUACGCUGAGGUGAAUCCUAAGCAUAAAACACCACACUCAUCCUGGGAGACGCCGACGCCAGAAUCUUGGACCGCGCACGGAUACAUCGUCGUACGUGCAGAUGAGAUUGGCACAGGGCAGUCUCCUGGCCUCCUCAACACUCUUUCGCCUCAGACAGUCAAAUCAUUUUGCGAGGUCAUCGAAUGGGCCUCGGAGCAGGAAUGGUCGACUGGAAAAGUGGGCUUACUUGGCAUCAGCUAUUUCGGCGCCACACAGUGGUACGCAGCAGCCCGUAACCCCAAGGGUCUUGCUGCGGCCGUUCCUUGGGAAGGGUUUUCAGACCUCUAUCGGGACAUGGGCCGUCACGGAGGUAUCUUAUCGAACACUUUCCAGAGCGCUUGGUGGAAACGCCAGGUCGCUUCGAACCAGUAUGGGCUGCCUGGGAAGGCUUCGAGAAAUUGGGGCCCAGAUACCGUUGAAGGGGAUCUUGAGGAAGAUGAGCUGAGAGCGAACCGGAUCGAGCAGCCUGCUCUGGCACCGCAAUAUCGAUAUGCCGAUGAUAAGAUCUUUGCUUCCAUGGAUUGUAAAUUGGAGAACAUCAAAAUCCCGAUCCUGAGUGUUGCGAACUGGGGCGGUAUUCUGCUACAUCUAAGAGGCAAUGUGCAAGGAUUCAUUCGUGCCGGAUCUGAGUUCAAGUAUCUUCGAUUCAUUGCUGGUCGCCAUGAUCUCCCAUUUUACUACGACGAAGAAGUCGAGGUUCAGCGAAGCUUCCUGGAUGCUUUCCUCAAAGGAGAAGAUAGGUACGGAUGGUCUCAGAAGGGUGCUGUUCCGCCCGUUGAUCUGCUCCUCCGAAAAGGAGAUGUCGGGUACAACAAUCCAAAGGCAGAACAAACCUUUGCUAGGAGAUCUGAGCAGGAAUGGCCGAUUGCCAGGACCGAAUACACGAAAUUAUUUCUCCAGUAUGACGGAGAGAUGUUAUUCAAAAAUCCUGCAAAUGCAGGCCUCUUGAGGAAAAGCUACGAUGCACUUGGUACUGGACAAUCUUCUGAUAUGAUCUCUUUCACGACGCCGCCAUUCGAAAGGGAGACCGAAAUCACAGGCCAUAUGGUCGCUCAUCUCAAUGUUUCCGUCAGCAAGAGCCCAAAUGGGCCCAUACCUUCUGAUUUGGACCUUUUUAUCAGUCUGCGACAUAUCUCAGCUCAUGGCUCGGAGAUUCUUUACACCGGUACCACGGGUGAGGGUGCGCCGGUGACCAAAGGCUUCCUCCGAGUGAGCAUGAGAAAGACCAAUCCAGACCAUCCACUGCAUCGCCCUUGGCUUCCCUACCGAGAAUACCGAUUGGUAGACGUUCUCCCGGUUAUUGCUGACGAAAUAUACUCCGUGGACAUUGAGCUGUGGCCAACCAAUGUAGUCGUUGAAGCUGGAAACAGACUCACUUUGGAAGUCAGCUCUGGCGACACUGCGGGCACUGGAAUGUUCAAUCACAAUGAUCCAAUUGAUAGACCCGGUUCGGUCUUCGAGGGUCAGAAUCACAUCCACUUUGGCCCAGAUCACGUCAAUCAUAUCACAUUGCCAGUCAUUCCGCCUUUGUCUGCGACCUUGGAUUAUGUUGAUGCAGCAUUUGCGCAAGACAAUGAGCCAUGGAGAGCCUAUUAA